AUGGAUGAAGGCCACACGGAUGAAGGUCAUACGGAUGAAGCCGUCAAAGAUGAAGGCCACACAGAUGAAGGCCACAUGGAUGAAGGAUACACAGAGGAAGACCACGCGAAUGAAGGCCGCAAGGAAGAAGGCCACAAGGAUGUAGACCACACGGAUGAAGGCUACAAGGAUGAAAGCCCCAAGGAUGAAGGCCAAAAGGAUGAAGGCCACAUGGAUGAAGGCUACACUGAUAAAGGCCACAAGGAUGAAUGCCUACAGGAUGAAGGCCCCAAAGAUGAAGGCCACAAGGAUGGAAGCCACAUGGAUGAAGGCCACGAGGAUGAAAACUACAUGGAUGAAAGUCACGAGCAUGAAGGUCACGAAGAUGAAGACCACAAGGAUGAAGGCCACCCAGAUGAAGGCCACAAGGAUGAAGGCCUCAACGAUGAAGGCAAUAUGGAUGAUGGGAACAAAUUUGAAGACCACACGUAUGAAGGCCUCAAGUAUUAUUGCCGCACAGAUGAAGGCCAAACCGAUGAAGGCCUCUAG